AUGACCAAGGAAGGGAUAAAGCGUGCCCAUCCUGCGAUAACUACUAUCGGCUUCGGAGGAACUCAGGCUGUUUUCUCACUGAUCUCUGGUCAAGCGGUUACACAUCUCCAGGCCCUAGGUCUCCAUCCCACGGAGGUUACCCUUACAUUAUUAUUAGGGCCAAUAUGCGGCGUUAUCUUCCAGCCAUACUUCGGUAGCUGGAGUGACCAGUGCCAAUCGCCAUGGGGAAGAAGAAAGCCCUUCAUUGUUAUGGGAACUGUCUUCCUAAUUUUCUCAAUAUUGUCUUUGGCUUGGGCUGAUACAAUCCUGAAAAUGUUCAUUCAAAAUCACGAGGUAAAGGAUGGAUCGUACAGGACUAUCUUCGUCAUCUUCACAAUCCUUCUAGCGUUUUCCAUGUUUGUGGCCAUCCAGGCUGUACAGGUCGGAUUACGUGCCUCCAUAACCGAUAAUAAUACGCCUUCUGAGCAGGCGGAGUUAAACGCAUGGGCUGGUCUUCAUAGUAACUUUGCGGCUGUCGUUGGCAAUCUUGCAGCUUUUGUCGACCUGCCAAAGUAUAUUCAUCGUUUCGGGAAAACUGUUUUCGCAGAUACGAGUCUGCUUAUGACUGUAUAUUUGGUCAUAACCAUUGUUAUUACGUGCUGGUACAUCCAUGAGGAAGAUGACGUUCCGACCUCAAGGCAGUUUAUAUCGUCUAGGCGGCGUAGGGAGUUUUUCAGUGUUAUGCAGAGUGUAUUCUUCGGAAAGCCAAACCAAAUUAAGAAUAUCUGCAUCGUGCAGUUUUUUUCCUGGCUGGGAUGGUUUCCAUUUCUGUUCUAUGUUGUAACAUAUGUGAACAGUCUACAGAAGUCCCACACGAUAAUUAUCAAUGACAUCGGAGCCUUGACACCACUCGCGUACACCACAGUCUCAUUCUUCGUAGCUAUUAUCUUACCACACCACUCCUCUACAAUACAUAUUCCCGUCCCUAGGAUAAUUAAGAGUGCAAAACUAUGGCCAAUACAGGUCACUCCUCGCAUUAUUUGGACUCUGUCUCAGCUUAUUUUCGCAGUCUCAAUGCUGGGAACCUUGCUGGUUGACUCCGCAAUUGGAACUAUCUUUCUCUUUGCUAUGGUAGGGAUCAGCUGGGCUGUUUCCUGCCGAAUCCCGUAUUCUCUGCUAGGUGAUGAGCUAUCUCGACCAUCAACAUAUAAUCUAUUCUCUGGAGGAGGUCUGACAGGAAUAUCAGACAGCCAGGGAUUACUUCACGGAAUACACAAUAUGGCCAUUUGCCUCCCGCAGAUAGUGGUCAUGUCUUUGAUGGGUAUUAUCUGGAGUUUUGUAGGUAGCGACGAUGCAUUUGUCGGAGUUGUUUGGUUUUUACGUCUUGGUGGUGCUGUUGCUUUUGUCGCCAUGGGCUUUUCGACUACGCUACAUGAACUCGAUCAUCACGAAGGAGAUAUGGAGAAUACCGUUGUUCUUCUUGAAGAAAGAGAUUCUGAGGCAUUGAACGAGCGUGAAACUAACAAGCCUCAUGGCCAAGAAGAGACUGUCUCAGAACCAGACGACAUCCACCAGCAGAUUCCCUUGAGAACGAAAACUCCAAUAUGGAUUUAUUUUCUCAUCAUUAUCUUGAUUAUCUCUAAUACUAUAUCGAUCCUCACACUCUCUUGGGGUGAACGACCCGAGCAAGAAAAAGACGUGCCGUCUCCGGAAGACUACGCCAUACCCCCAAAAAUACCUACGGUAUAUAAGCCAUUCUGGUGGAACACGGAGUACAGCAAUAAAAACAAGACCCGACAAGAUGAGCUAUGGAAUGAAGUUUUUUGGGAACACGGCCUCAUAGCAGUGGAUCGCGAUUGGGCCAAAUCUCAGAACUGGCCCGAGACUAUCGCCCUACCUGGAAAUGAUAGCAAAACUGUGUUCCUGAUUGAAGCAUACCAUGAAGUUGUUAUGUGCAAUGCGGACUCACAUCCCCUAUAUACGUUUGGCGGUACUUAUGUAGGCUACGGCCAACAACACAAAUGCAAGGACUGGAGCGCUCUGAGGGACUACGCUACCGAACAUACAGCUUGUUACAAGGAACAGUCAAAGUCAUUCAAGGAAAACUUCGGUGGAGAUUGCCAUAAUGGAGAUGGUCUGAUAAUCGAUUCUAGAAGGGAGGAAGAGUAAACAUACCCUAAUUUACCAUUUCGAGCAGAGCAUUGAAAAUAAAGCGAUUUUCUCACCCUUCAAUUUUCGAUAUCCGGACUUCUUCUCCUACCUUCUACUUUCCAUGAAAAUUCCAACACCACCCAUGAGCUAUUUUGAACAUGGGUCCCAGUGAAGCCUAUGGCUACACUUGAGAAAUUUUGUACAAUAAUUUACUACAGUCGAGGCUAACCCCGGCCUUUAGGUCUAGCCGUAUAAGCUAUGGUCCUAAUCACAAUAUAUGUG